GUUCCUGCUCAUACACUUGCUAUUCCUUUAAAUACGUAAAGAUGCCAGCGGCAAAGCGGAAAGCCCCUGACACUCCUCUCUCCGAGCCAUCCGGUCGCAGGCGGUCGGGCCGUAUCAGCUCGUCGGGCAAAAAGAGCCAGUACUUUGAGGGCGACUCGCAAGAGGACGAGGACUCUGAUGACGCCUUCGAGGUAGAAGAGCAUAGUACUAUCACCAGCAAUAAGUCUCAGAAGAGGAAAAGAGGCAGGCCGUCGAAGAAGCAGUCGCCAGCUGCGCAGAGAGCCGGCCGCAAACGGGCGAGGGACGAGUCCGAGGAAGAGGAGGAUGGGGAUGAAUAUGCCGAGGAAGGCCUAGAGAACGAGGACGAAGAUGAGGAUGAGCUGGACGAGGAUGCAGAGCCACGAGUCACCAUCAUCCCGUACAAGAAAAUGAGAGACACGGGCGGGGUGCCGUACGAGGACGACAGGCUGCACAAGAACACGAUGCUGUUCCUAAAGGACCUCAAGGCAAACAACAAGCGCUCAUGGCUCAAGUCCACCGAUGACGAGUACCGCCGGUCCCUCAAAGACUGGAACACCUUUGUCGAGACCCUCACCCAGCGCAUCAUCACCGCCGACCCUACCAUCCCCGAGUUGCCCAUCAAAGACGUCGUCUUCCGCAUCUACCGCGAUAUCCGCUUCAGCAAGGACCCGACGCCCUACAAGCCACACUACAGCGCCGCGUUCUCGCGGACGGGCCGCAAGGGACCCUAUGCCUGUUACUACGUGCACUGCGAACCAGGCGCGUGUUUUGUCGGCGGGGGCACCUGGAUGCCUGAUGCGGGACGCCUCGCCAGGCUGCGGGCGAGCGUGGACGAGCACCCACGGCGGUGGAGGCGGGUGCUGGGGGAGGAGGGGUUCAGGCGGACGUUUCUGCCUGGGACGAGGCAGGGGGAUGUGGAGGGGUGCGUGAAGGCUUUUGCCAAGUAUAAUAAGAGUAACGCGCUCAAGACUAAACCGAAGGGCUUUGACGCUGGUCAUCGGGAUAUCGAGCUACUAAAGCUGCGCAAUUUCACUAUUGGGAAGAAGGUUCCUGAUAGUAUUUUUACAGCGCCGGACGCUCAGGAUCAGAUCACAGCAAUAGUACAAGCCAUGGUUGGAUAUAUCACGUUUUUGAAUGAUAUUGUGAUGCCGGAUCCUAAUGUGGACAGCGACUCGAGUUCCGACGAGGAGGACGAAGAGGGAGAGGAAUGAAGAUGGCUUUCAUAAGAAUGAGGCAGUCAUCGCGACAAGCCCUUUUAUUUUGGCGGUUUCUAAAGUGGUUGUUUAUCAUAGUGGAUUGGACCUU